AUGAACCGCUCGCUCCGUCUCCUCAGGCCCAUGGCCGCCCGGCCACUGGGCACGGCUGCCCCGAUCGGUCGAUCCGCUUUCUUGGCCUCAAAAUCGCCCUUCCUCGCUUCGCCUAUUGCGGGCCCAUCCAAGCUGCCUGCGGUGUAUGUACCCCGUAUGCUAGGUGUGCGGCUAUACGUGACCCCUUCGAGCGUGGUGACGAAAGAAGGACCAGAUCACCCCAAGGAGAGGGGUAUCAUAGGGAACGCUGUGGCAGAGGCCAAAGAUGUGGUCCAGGACGUCGCAUCUAUCAUCUCGGGUGGUCAGGCUCCGGUCAUGAAAGCCUUUUCAGGUACUGAAGGCGCCGUGACCCCAGGAAAUGUUGCCGGGGGCGUCAUGGCCGCCAUGGAGACGAGCAGUCACUCGCACGGCGGUAAUGUCAAGGAGGACUUUAUGAGCGUUACGUCCGGCAUUCUGCAGGCUGUACCGCAACAUGUCCUUGUCUUUGGUCUGGCCGGUACCUUGCCUUACCUCGGUACAUCUGUCGGUACCGUCUUCCUCGCUCGUGAAGCCAACCUGACCGGCAACGGUCACAACUCCCUGACGGGCCUCGACUAUGACACCAUCCUCAACUCCCUCCACUCGCUCGAGGCCGCUCAGAUUACCUACGGCGCAGUCAUUCUCUCCUUCCUUGGUGCUUUGCACUGGGGAAUGGAGUUCGUCGGGUUCGGCGGGGAGCAGGGGUACCGCCGACUCAUGAUCGGAACCCUUCCUCUGCUUUUCGCCUUCCCGACCGUGUUCCUCUCACACGGUGUGGCGCUAGCCAGCCAGUGGGUCGGCUUCACAUUGACCUGGUUCAUGGAUCAGCGGGCUGCGUCUAACGGAUGGACCCCGCCAUGGUUCGCAACCUACCGAUUCUACCUGUCCAUCAUUGUCGGUUUCUCCAUCAUCGGUACGCUCGCCGGGACGUCCUACUACCAAGAAGGCGCCGGACACGACUUCGCCGGCGGCGCUGGCUCGUCUGGUCCCGACUCGCUCUCGGCCAACAGCAAGCUGACCGGCUUCAAGUCGAGCUACAAAAACAACACGGAGAAGGAGAAGGCCAGGCGGCAGAACGCUAAGGGUGGCGGACCAUCCGGACCUCUCCGAGGAACGGUUGGUGGCGAUAUCUAUGUCGAGGAGGAUGAGGCGCUCGAGGCGUACGGUCGGCUGAAGAACCGGACAAAGGCAGUCGAGGAGGAAGAGGAGGAAGAAGAGGAGGAGAGCGGCGAGGAGGCUGCUGAGGCGGACGAAGACAAGGAAGAUGAGGAGAAGAGCGAGAGCAAGGAGGACAAGGAGGACGGUGAUAAUCAGGACGCCAGCCAGGGGCAGCCGACCAAGGACGAUGAGGGCGGAGAGGCGGGCAAGAGCCAGGCGAAGAAGGACAACCCGAAUGAUAAGGGAGCGGCGGGCGCGAAGAACACUGGUCUGCGUUAA